ACUGUCCUCUUCUCCAUCCCCCCCACCCUCCCCCCAAACUGGAGGCUUUCAAACACUCCCGUCAUUUGGGAUUCUUGUACCACAAUGGACGACAGUCCCCUCCAGCUUGUUACCCUGCCGACAGUUCCCUACCCUGACCAGAAACCAGGAACCAGUGGCCUGAGGAAGAGGGUGUCUGUUUUUGAGACCAGUCGGGACUACCUCCAGAACUUUGUCCAGAGCAUAUUUUUCUCCAUCGACCUGCGAGACCGUCAGGGAUCCACCCUGGUUGUAGGAGGAGAUGGCCGCUAUUUUAAUAAAAGUGCCAUUGGAGUCAUAGUGAAAAUGGCUGCAGCCAACGGGUUCGGGCGGUUGGUGAUUGGCCAGAAUGGGAUCAUGUCCACACCGGCGGUGUCUUGCAUGAUCCGGAAGAUCAAAGCCAUCGGGGGCAUCAUCCUUACUGCAAGCCACAAUCCUGGAGGACCUAAAGGGGACUUUGGCAUCAAGUUCAAUACUUCCAAUGGAGGCCCAGCACCUGAAGCCGUCACAGACAAAAUCUUCCAGAUCAGUAAGACCAUUGAAGAGUACGCCAUCUGCCCAGACCUCCAAGUUGACCUGUCAACCAUCGGCAAGCAGACCUUCGACCUGGAGAACAAGUUUAAGCCAUUCAAAGUGGAGAUUGUGGACUCAGUGGAGUCUUAUGCCAACAUGCUGAGGAACAUCUUUGACUUUGCUGCCCUGAAGGAGCUGCUGUCUGGAGAGAACCACCUCCGCAUACGGCUGGAUGCCAUGCAUGGGGUGGUAGGACCAUAUGUGAAGAGGAUCAUCUGUGAGGAGCUGGGCUCUCCUGCCAACUCUGCCAUCAACUGCACCCCCAAGGAGGACUUUGGGGGCCACCACCCUGAUCCCAACCUCACCUACGCUGCAGACCUGGUGGAGACCAUGAAGGGCGGGGAGUAUGAUUUUGGAGCCGCCUUUGAUGGUGAUGGUGAUCGCAACAUGGUGCUGGGGAGGCAGGGUUUCUUCGUGAACCCCUCAGACUCAGUGGCAGUCAUUGCCGCCAACCUCUUCAGCAUCCCUUACUUCCAGCACACGGGGAUCAGAGGUCUGGCCCGGAGCAUGCCCACCAGCGCCGCUCUCGACAAUGUAGCUAAAGCCACCCAGAUCCAGCUGUUUGAGACACCCACAGGAUGGAAGUUCUUUGGGAACCUGAUGGAUGCAGGGAAGCUGUCCCUGUGUGGGGAGGAGAGCUUUGGCACAGGCUCUGACCACAUUCGUGAGAAAGAUGGGUUGUGGGCGGUGCUGGCCUGGCUGUCAAUCAUUGCUGUGAGGAAGCAGAGUGUGGAGGACAUCAUGAAGGACCACUGGCAGAAAUUUGGCAGAAAUUUCUUCACAAGGUACGACUAUGAGGAAGUGGACUCAGAUGCUGCCAAUGAGAUGAUCAAGGACCUGGAGGCACUGAUUCUCGACAAGGUAUUCAUUGGGCAGAAGUUCUCAGCUGGAGACAAGAUUUAUGAAGUGGAGAAAGCUGACAACUUUGAGUAUAGUGACCCUGUGGAUGGAAGUAUCUCAAGGAAUCAGGGUCUUAGGAUCAUUUUCUCAGAUGGUUCUCGCAUCAUUUUCCGCCUCAGUGGGACAGGCAGUGCUGGGGCCACAAUCAGGCUCUACAUCGACAGCUAUGAGAGAGACCCUCAGAUGAUAUAUGAAGACCCACAGGCCAUGCUGGCUCCCCUGGUGACUAUCGCUCUGAAGAUCUCGCAGAUUCACAAGAGGACUGGUCUAAACGGCCCCACAGUGAUCACGUGAUGCCCCCAUUCUGUUGCACAGCCCCACUAAAACUCACCAAAUUACACUACUCAAAUCUGUACAAUAAUGUUCAACCCAAGACAUGAUCCAUUAAACCCUACAUUCAUAA